AUGAAGGCUCUUUGGCUGCUGCCCUUCCUUGCUGGUCUCCUCACCACAGGAGAAGGCAUGAUCUAUGGCCGCUGUGAGCUGGCUCAGAGGCUCCAGCAGUUGGGCUUAGAUGGUUAUGCUGGCUAUAGCCUGGCCAACUGGGUCUGCACAGCAUGUCAUGAGAGCAGCUACAAUACCCAGGCCAUACACUACGACUCUGACGGCAGUGCUGACUAUGGCAUCUUCCAGAUCAACAGCCGUUACUGGUGCCAGAGUCCCAGCGAGCCAAGUUCCAACAUAUGCGGAAUUCAAUGCUCUGAACUGCUGACGGACAACAUCGCUGUAGACGUGGCUUGUGCUAAGGUUGUUGUUGACAAUUCACCCAAUGGACUGGGUGCCUGGGUGGCAUGGCGAUUACAUUGCCAAGGUCAGGACCUGUCUCAAUAUGUUGCAGGGUGCGACUUGUAGAAAAAACACAACAUCCUGGUGUCGGCAGGGAUGCUAGAAAACUGACUCCAGCCUCAGUUAUGUCUCAGCCUGUCAAGAAAU